UUGUGCGGGGGCGGGGCCUCGACGACGCUAGGUAGGCGGCGUGGAUGGCGGCGUGUUUGGUGGCGGCGCAAGGCGCCUGAGCGGGCCGGGGCCAUGAGCGCCGCCCGGCCCCAAUUCAGCAUCGAUGACGCCUUUGAGCUGUCCUUGGAGGACGCGGGUCCUGGGCCAGAGCCCAGCGGGGUCGCCCGUUUCGGGCCACUGCACUUCGAGCGCCGGGCCCGGUUCGAAGUGGCCGACGAAGACAAGCAGUCCCGGCUGCGCUACCAGAACUUGGAGAAUGAUGAGGAUGGAACCCAAGCCUCACCGGAACCCGAUGGGGGAGUCAACACCAGGGAUUCAGCCCGAACCUCCAUCCGCAGCUCCCAGUGGUCCUUCAGCACUAUCAGCAAUAGUACCCAACGCUCGUACAAUGCCUGCUGCAGCUGGAUCCAACACCCUUUGAUCCAGAAAAACCGCCGGGUGGUGCUGGCCUCUUUCUUGCUCCUGCUGCUGGGAUUGGUGCUGAUCCUGAUCGGCGUGGGACUCGAGGUGUCCCGCUCUCCAGGUGUCUCCAGCGCCAUCUUCUUCGUGCCGGGCUUCCUGUUGUUGGUGCCUGGAGUCUACCACGUGAUCUUCAUCUACUGCGCCGUUAAGGGCCACCGCGGGUUCCAGUUCUUCUACCUGCCCUACUUCGAGAAGUGAGCAGCGAGCGGAC